AUAAUAUAAUAAUUGCAUGUUUAAUCGUCGUAUUUUAUUCCAUUUUAACCUUCCGUUUUAAUGAUUAAUUUAUCGCUUUCGCGGGAAUCCUUAUUAUGCAUAUUUUAUUUGUAGAUCGGUACAUAAGUAAACAGUAAAUUUUUAUUAUUUUCUCCAUUAAAAAGUAAUAUUUGUAGAAAGAUGAACAUACAAUUUGAUAAUAUUUAUUCUUGGUAAAGUUUGUAUUUUUGUUGUGACGUGAUACAUCUUGACCUUUAAUUUAGUAAAUAUCGAACAUGAUUCUGCAAUAUUAACAUUUGCAUAUAUACGCGAAUAAUUGAGAAUCCGAAUUAGUUCACAUAACUAUUAUCAUGUUUUCGAAAAUUCUGUUCUGCUUUAUUUUGUAUGCGACUUGCGAAGGUCGAUCAUAUAAAGAAUACGAAUCGAAAGACGGCAACAGCGAAAGCAAUUAUUUUUUCAGCGAUGAAGAAGCCACCUUUUACGACGCAUCGCAUUUGUGUCAACAACAAGGCAUGCAACUGAUCAGCAUCGAAACACACAUCAAAAAUAUCGAAGUAUCAAACCUAUUAAACGGAUCGACUGAAUCCUAUUGGACAUCUGCUAACAACGUGUUCAAUGGUGAAUGGUAUUGGUUGAAAGGGGAAGUAAUGGAAUACAAAAAUGGUUUGAAUUCCAAAAACGCAUACAGAGACAAUGGUGUAACAAUUUCGAAGAAAGAUCGCAAAGUAUCAUGGAAUAUGGAACGAUGCUACAACAAACAUCGAUACAUUUGCGAAAAAUUACCUGACUCAGUAAGCAAUCCAGAAUGUAAUGAUUACAGUAAUCUCUUAGUACAUGGAAACACCAUAAAUAAUAAGAAAUAUUACAUUGGCAAAGAAUUGAUCACAUAUUCAAAAGCGCUACAAGUGUGCAAAUCAAUGUGCAUGGAACUCGUUAGUAUAGAAAACGAAGAAAAAAACAAAGAUAUAUUCGAAGCACUAUCCUCAGAAAGUGCCACUGAAAUAUUUUGGUCAUCGGGCCACUACAAACCUGGAAAUAGCUGGCGAUGGGCAAACGGCGUGGAAUCGCAAUUUUUCAGUUGGAAUAAAUUAGAACCGAAUAACGCCAGAAAUAAUGAAUACUGCAUCGAAAUAUUGCAAACGGACGGUAAAGUUGGAUGGAACGACGAGCCGUGCGAGGAAAAACGCAUGUAUCUCUGCGAAAGUAAAAACUACAAAGGAUAAAUUUAGAACAAACUAAUUGUACAUUUUAAUAAAUUCUAAUAAUGCAAAA